GAUACCGCCAUCCUCACCAGCCUCAACACACCCUGACCCUCCACAUCAUGGCCACAAACUCGCCCGUGCCCAAUACUCGCCUGAAACAAAUCUGCCAGGACGCCUGCGAGUCCGCCCUCUCCACCGUCACCUUCUACGACCACAGCGAGACGCAAAGAUGGAACGACGCCAUCAUCAACAGCAUCCUGAAAGCCCUCAUCUCCGAGACCGCCACCGCCUCGCCCGACCAACAAAGUAAAUACAAGUUUGCAGUCAACAGCACCAUCAUCCAGCACCUCUCCGACCCCCCCUCCACCGCGCAGUCCGAUGCUGGCAGCGAAGCGACGACCUCCAAGACGGUGGGGAGAAGAGGCAUGCACUCCGCGAGUGGCGCAUACUGGAAUAACGAGAAGGAUGGGAUGUGGAGUUUCAAGUGGGCGGGAGGUGAGGCAAAGGGGAUGGAUAUCGUGAUCAGCGUCAUGUGGAUUGCAGUCUAGCACACGCUCCCGCCAACGCCCGGGCGCAUGUGUCUUCCAUUGCGUGUCAUCAAGAGAUGAUGCGCCGCCUGCGACGACCGCUGGCAUCAUCUUCAUACCACCCACAGAGGUGGCAUCUACGCUCCAGAGUGAGCAGUACGCCUUGCUUGGCCGCACAAGUUGGGCCGUGACUCAACUGGCACUCGAAGCAGGCUGCGGAAAGACCGCAGGU